UUCUACUACCGAAAGAAAGAACUCAAGAUUGGUUGGAACCUUCGCUAUCUGUUACGGUACGUUGUACAUCCCCUGCUUGAGCUUCCCUUCUUUGCUUUUGUCAGACCCUACGGGCUACGGCAGUUCCACGCAUCUGGACCAGUUGGGCGCAUUCCAUAUCGGGUGCUCGGACUUGCGGAGAAAACAAGACGAACCCCUGAAGAUUGGACGGGUUACCGCUACAUUCACGGUAUUCACACCCCCAGGGGGGCACUUCCACUUGCAGACGCGCACACCAUGGCUGGAGGAGGGCCACCGAACGAGCUACCACAUGCUCCAGUGCCUCCUCUCGCUGUCACAACAACCCUCGGCGUCGUCUUUUGGUGCCUCGAACUGCUAUCUCGGGCUCUUCUUACUCCUCCAUGGGAACAAGAGGUAGUUCCACUUCGUCCCCAGAGCUCCAUGACUGUCACUAACUGUACACACUUCCCGGCUUGUCCGCUACCUACGUCUGUGGGUCUGGCGCUGUUCUUCGCUCCCGUCUGCCUGCUCCCCUUGCUCCCCUCACCAUGCCCAUGCGGCUUACAUACACCCUGGCAAUGUACCGGGGUACAUCGGAUACCCUCCUCUCCAGAGUCCCCUCCCCAGCUCCCACUUCCCCUUCGUAUAGUUAUACCUUCAAAAGCCCGGCCGAGAACCGGACCCUUUCCCUAUCUUACAUCCUCCCAUUUUCCUUCAAAAGGAUAUCCAGACCGCCGAUUUUAUUCCCAGUGGCAUACCGCCUUAUUGUCUUCAAGACUGCCAUUUUUCUCCCGUACAACCUAGCGUGGCUUCAACAUUAGCACUCGAGUCUCAACUUGAUACGCCUAACUACUACGCUCAUACACACACACAGCCUGGAGCUACCUCGCACCAAACUAAACUGACACAAUGACUCUUACUGAAGUUCGCACUUUCACUCCUCCGAGAGCUUUCGGUGACGCUAUCAGCCAACCAGUUGUCACACCAGUCAUCACAACUUCG